CGGCUGACUCUGAUAAGCUGCAGUGUCUGAAUCUUCCCAUCAUCUCUGAUCGUGACUGUAAUAAUUCCUACCCUGGCCUAAUCACUGGCUCCAUGUUCUGUGCUGGAUACCUGGAGGGAGGGAAGGGUGUUUGCCAGGGUGACUCUGGUGGUCCUUUGGUGUGUAAUGGUGAGCUACAAGGUAUUGUGUCUGCGGGUGGCCGUUGUGCUGCGAAAGAUCAGCCUGGUAUCUUUACCAAGGUCUGCUUGUUCAACUCCUGGAUUACUGAGACUAUAAACACAUACCAAAACUGA